GCUCUUGCUGUUGAAUGUGACCUGGAAGGAACUGAGGAAUAGUAAAACCGAAGAUGUAGUUUAUUGAUUUUUCUUUUUUUCAAAUUCCUUUUUUAGGCAUCUGAAGAAGCCUCCCUCAGAGCAUUGGAAAGUCUGAUGACAGAAUUUUUUCAUGAUUGUACAACCAAUGAAAGAAAACGUGAGAUAGAGGAGCUUCUUAAUAACUUUGCCCAGCAAAUAGGAGCCUGGAGAUUCUGCCUGUAUUUUCUCUCCAGCACUAGGAAUGACUAUGUAAUGAUGUACAGUUUGACGGUUUUUGAGAAUCUGAUCAAUAAGAUGUGGCUUGGGGUCCCAUCUCAGGAUAAGAUGGAAAUCCGUAGCUGCCUACCCAAACUCCUUUUGGCUCACCAUAAAACCUUACCUUAUUUUAUCCGGAACAAACUCUGCAAAGUUAUUGUUGAUAUUGGACGUCAAGAUUGGCCCAUGUUCUACCAUGACUUUUUUACCAACAUUUUACAGUUGAUCCAGUCCCCUGUGACAACCCCUCUUGGGCUGAUCAUGUUGAAGACAACUUCAGAAGAGCUGGCUUGUCCCCGUGAGGAUCUCAGUGUGGCUCGGAAGGAAGAGUUGCGGAAGCUGCUGCUGGACCAGGUGCAGACAGUUCUUGGGCUACUGACAGGUAUCUUGGAGACUGUUUGGGACAAACACAGUGUUACUGCUGCCACUCCACCACCAUCCCCAACCUCAGGAGAAAGUGGUGACUUACUGAGUAACCUGUUGCAGAGUCCUAGCUCAGCCAAAUUGUUGAAUCAACCAAUCCCCAUCCUUGAUGCGGAGAGUGAGUAUAUCUGUUCACUGGCCUUGGAGUGCCUGGCCCAUCUCUUCAGUUGGAUUCCUCUGUCUGCCAGCAUCACCCCGUCCCUCCUCACCACCAUCUUCCACUUUGCGCGCUUUGGCUGUGACAUCCGGGCCAGAAAGAUGGCAUCAGUUAACGGCAGCAGCCAGAACUGUGUUUUGGGUCAGGAACGCGGCCGGCUUGGGGUUCUGGCCAUGUCCUGCAUCAACGAACUCAUGUCCAAGAACUGUGUGCCUAUGGAGUUUGAGGAGUAUUUACUGCGUAUGUUCCAGCAGACUUUCUACCUCCUGCAGAAAAUCACCAAGGAUAACAAUGCCCACACAGUGAAGAGCAGGCUAGAAGAGCUCGAUGAGAGCUACAUUGAGAAGUUUACUGACUUUCUGCGGCUCUUUGUGAGUGUUCACCUAAGAAGAAUUGAGUCUUACUCCCAGUUUCCUGUGGUGGAGUUUUUAACACUUUUGUUCAAGUACACAUUUCAUCAGCCUACUCACGAAGGUUACUUCUCUUGUUUGGAUAUCUGGACACUCUUUUUGGACUAUCUGACAAGUAAAAUUAAAAGUCGUCUUGGAGACAAGGAAGCAGUUCUCAACAGGUACGAAGACGCCUUGGUCCUCUUGCUCACAGAGGUGUUAAAUCGAAUCCAGUUCAGAUACAACCAGGCCCAGUUGGAGGAGUUGGAUGAUGAGACCCUGGAUGAUGAUCAACAGACAGAGUGGCAGCGAUACUUACGCCAGAGCUUGGAGGUAGUGGCCAAAGUGAUGGAACUCCUUCCCACACAUGCCUUCUCAACACUGUUCCCAGUUCUUCAGGACAAUUUAGAAGUUUAUUUGGGAUUACAGCAGUUUAUAGUUACUUCAGGAUCAGGCCACAGGUUGAACAUCACAGCGGAGAAUGACUGCCGGCGGUUGCACUGUUCCCUGAGAGACUUGAGCUCCCUGCUGCAGGCUGUGGGCCGCUUAGCCGAGUAUUUCAUCGGGGAUGUGUUUGCUGCACGGUUCAAUGAUGCCCUCACGGUCGUGGAGAGGUUGGUCAAAGUCACUCUGUAUGGAUCUCAGAUAAAGUUGUACAACAUUGAAACUGCUGUGCCAUCGGUAUUGAAACCUGACCUCAUUGAUGUGUUGGUCAAAGUCAAUCUGUAUGGUUCUCAGAUAAAGUUGUACAACAUUGAAACUGCUGUGCCAUUGCAGGUCCUUUUCCCUCUCCAGGUCCAAGACAAGUUGCUGCUAUCUGCAUGCCACUUACUGGUCUCACUGGCCACCACCGUGCGGCCCGUCUUUCUGAUCAGCAUCCCUGCAGUGCAGAAAGUGUUCAACAGAAUCACUGAUGCCUCUGCCCAGCGACUUGUCGAUAAGGCUCAGGUUUUGGUGUGCCGAGCUCUGUCCAACAUCUUGCUGCUUCCGUGGCCAAACCUUCCAGAGAAUGAGCAGCAAUGGCCUGUGCGAUCCAUCAACCAUGCCAGCCUCAUCUCUGCACUCUCCCGGGACUAUCGCAACCUGAAACCCAAUGCUGUUGCCCCACACAGGAAAAUGCCACUGGAUGACACCAAAGUGAUUAUCCACCAGUCACUUAGUGUGUUAGAAGAUAUCGUGGAGAAUAUUUCUGGGGAGUCCACCAAGUCUCGACAGAUCUGCUACCAGUCGCUGCAGGAAUCUGUUCAAGUCUCCCUGGCCCUCUUUCCAGCUUUUAUCCAUCAGUCAGAUGUGACUGAUGAGAUGCUGAGCUUCUUCCUCACUCUGUUUCGAGGCCUUAGAGUACAGAUGGGCGUGCCUUUCACUGAGCAGAUCAUACAGACUUUCCUCAACAUGUUUACCAGAGAACAGCUGGCUGAGAGCAUCCUCCACGAAGGCAGCACUGGCUGCCGGGUGGUGAAGUUCCUGAAAAUCCUGCAGGUGGUGGUUCAGGAGCCUGGUCAGGUGGUUCAGGAGCCUGGUCAGGUGUUCAAGCCCUUCCUGCCCAGCAUCAUCUCCCUGUGCAUGGAGCAGGUGUAUCCCAUCAUCGCUGAGCGACCCUCCCCUGAUGUGAAGGCUGAGUUGUUUGAACUCCUUUUCCGGACACUCCAUCACAACUGGAGGUACUUCUUCAAGUCCACUGUCCUGGCCAGUGUCCAGAGGGGGAUUGCCGAGGAGCAGAUGGAGAAUGAGCCCCAGUUCAGUGCCAUUAUGCAGGCUUUUGAGCAAUCCUUUCUCCAGCCUGACAUCCACCUUUUUAAACAAAAUCUCUUCUACUUGGAGACUCUCAACAUCAAUCAGAAGCUGUACCACAAGAAGAUCUUUCGGACCACCAUGCCGUUCCAGUUUGUGAAUGUGCUGCUCCAGGUCCUUGUUCACAAGUCCCACGACCUUUUGCAAGAGGAGAUCGGCAUUGCCAUUUACAACAUGGCCUCUGUGGACUUUGACGGCUUCUUUGCAGCCUUCCUCCCAGAGUUCCUGACGAGCUGUGAUGGCGUGGAUGCCAACCAGAAAAACGUGCUGGGGCAGAAUUUCAAGAUGGAUUGGGACCUGCCCUCGUUCACCCAGAAUGUGCAUAGGCUGGUCAACGACCUGCGCUACUACAGACUCUGCAAUGACAGCCUGCCCCCUGGCACUGUGAAGCUCUAGGCACGGCCUGCUUCCCGCCUGAGGGACAUGGGCUUCUGCCAACGCCACCUGCACCACCUCCACCUUCCACCACAGACGUCGCCCAGACCAGCCUCGGCCGCACUCCUCGGAUGAGCAUUGUGGCCUGCCUCUGUCCUUCCUUCACUCUCCUCUUGCUACCGCUGCUCAGCAAAGCUGGCUUCAGGGUCCAUCCUAGCCCUGGUCAGUGACCUAGGAAGUUUGAGCAGGCAGAGUGCCACGUGGCCGGGUACCAGGGAGGUACCAGGAAAUUCCAUGGGGGGGUCUGUGUGGAUCAUGUGCAUAUCCAUCAUGGGCAGAAACACCAAGGACUGUGUAGGACGGUGCCACCUUCUCACCAUUCCACCUCCCCACUCCUCCUCUGCCCAGCCAGCUGGGGAGAGACAUGACGUCGGGACUACUUUGGCACUUCUGGCAAGCCUCCCCCACCCCAAUUGCCUUGAAGUCUCUGCUCUUUGUCAGAGAUUUGCAAAAGACUCAUGUUUUUGUUGUUUUUUUUUCUCAUCAUUCCAUUGUGAUACUAAGAAACUAAGAAGCUUAAUGAAAAAAUAAAAUGCUUAUGUUGUUGUUAUAUAAA